AUGAGCUUUUUGACCGCAGUGUGGCGCGUCGCUGUUGGCGGCGACAAGGACGUGGCCGCUGGCCAAAAGGCGCUCGGGCAGAUCCACCGCUUGCUGACUGAAGCCAUGUGGAAGCACAAUGGCGCGCCUCGUGCACUCACACUCGAGCAGAUCGCACCCAUUCGAGCCAUUUGCGACCAGCUCAGUGCUGCUAAUUUUCGAUUGAAGGCACCGAGUAGCGAGCUGAAGCGGUCGCGACACGUGCAUUACCAGCACGUCUACGAAGACGACACGUUUUCCAUCGGGAUCUUCAUCUUGCCCCCAGGUGUGCGGAUCCCGCUGCACGAUCAUCCAGGCAUGAGUGUCAUCUCGCGGGUCUUGUACGGAUCGGUCCACGUCAAGGCCUACACUCUGGUCCAGAGAUGCGCCGAAGCAAGUGAUCGGAAGUACGUGGCGCGGCUGUGCGUGGAUCAGGUCGCAACGGCUCCGUAUACGACAGAGGUGCUGCCGGAUCGUGGGAAUGUGCACGAGUUCAUUGGCGGGGACGACAUUGGCUGUGCAGUCUUGGACAUCAUCACUCCUCCAUACGACUCGAACAAAGGACGUGACUGCACCUACUUCCGGGUACUCGACUCGAUCGUGAAUGCAGACAAUUCGAGUAGUGAGGGGCGCGUUGUGCUCGAACCCUACGAGCCGAUCGACUUUGAUGUCGUUCCAGAAGACUAUCGCGGCCCUCAACUGCAGAGUCAAGUGAGGUGA